AUGGCACAUCUUUUGCGGGCCAAGCAGGCAGGUGUAAACAACGACCUCUCUCACGGCCUUGGACCUGACCUCUUCACUCUCGACCAUAUCCGCAACUAUGGCAUAAACUCCAAGAUCACCCAAGUCGCAUACGACCCUGUCCAGUCCCUCAUCGCUGUCGGCACCGCUGAGAGCCAGUUUGGCAACGGACAGAUCUACGUGUUUGGGCAGAAGAGGGUCGAAGUAGUGCUGCCGCUGCCUCACCGAGCAUCGGUCAAGAUCCUGCAGUUCUGCGCCGAGAAACUGCUCUGCGUCGACUCGAAGAAUGACCUCUCUGUAUUCUCGCUCGAAACGAAGACACUAGUGAACGCGCACUCCCCGCCUGCGAAGAUCACCGCUCUGCACUGCGACCCCACUAUCGACUACGCGUUGCUGGGCACCCAGCAUGGAGAGGUCUUCGCCUACGACCUAGACCGACAGUCCCUGACGCCCUUCAGGAUACCGAAUCUAUGGCGAGAGCAGUUCCCACGGUCACGCUUGACAGCUGUCGUUACGCUGUCGCUUCACCCGCGCGACAUCGGUUCGCUAUUGAUUGGGUACAACUCUGGGGCGGUCAUAUACUCGUUCAAGCAGAACAAGGCGCUCAAGUUCUUCCACUAUGUACUGCCAAAGGGCGCCCCGGGAGGCGACUCGGAUCCCAGCUCUGUCUACAAAGAGCGCGAGCCACCCCUCACGCAGGCUGUCUGGCACCCUAUUGGAACUUUCAUCCUGACAGGUCAUGAGGACAGCAGUAUCGUCAUCUGGGACUCAAAAGACGGCCGAAUCAUACAGGCUAGGACUUUGCAAGAUGUCAACGUGGACAAGCCCGGACCCGGAACCUUCAGUCCAGGUGCUGGCGAGGGCACAUUCGCUUUGAAGUCACCCAUCUUCAAGAUCGCUUGGUGUGCGAACCAAGAUCCGGAUGAAACUGGUAUACUGAUCGCAGGUGGUCAGCCUUCAAAUAUCUCAGCGAAGAGCCUAACGUUCUUCGAACUGGCACGCACGCCCAUUUACGCUACCUCAUCGUGGCAGGUACUCUCUGAUCACUUCGAGAACCCCAAGAGGCAGCGCAUACUGCCGUGUCCGCCAGGUGCAGAAGUCAUCGAUCUGUGUCUGAUCCCUCGUUCAUCCCCACACUUCGGUGGCUGCCAAGAUCCAAUCGCUAUCAUUGCAAUACUGGCAUCUGGAGAGCUCGUGACGCUUUCAUUCCCAAGCGGCAUGCCUAUAACGCCGACCAACCAAUUGCACUUGUCGAUGACGCUUGUACAUCCGUACAUCAAUCACGCAAAUCUCGCGCCGGUGGACCGUACGAGGUGGCUUGGGAUGAUAGAGAAGCGACAACAUGGACCAAAGCUCCUCACCGGUGGAGCUGAAGCAAACUUGCCCCUGAAGAGGUUCGAGCAUCGCAACAUCGUCCAGACUGCUCACGCAGACGGCACGAUCAGACUAUGGGAUGCUGGGCAUGCAGAUGAGAUCGAGAACGAUGCGUUGUUACAAGUUGAUGUUGCACGGGCAGUAGGGCGGCAAGCCAAUGUCGAGGUUACCCAGACCUCCUUUGCCGGUGCUGCUUCUGAGCUGUCGGUGGGUCUGAAGUCUGGUGAAGUUGUCAUCUUCAGGUGGAACGUCAACAAGCACUCUGGACAAGAGUUUCCACCUGGCGAGAACAAGCCUCAAGCGCUCACCAAUAUCCUCGACAGAAGUGAGGCUGCGCUCAAGGAAGGCUUGCUGCCGUUCACUCUACUCGACGAGGGUAAUGGCCCAGUCACAGCUCUGAAGCAUUCAGAUGUUGGCUUUGUCGCUGCCGGAUUUGAAGGAGGUGGCUUGGUAAUCAUCGACCUGAGAGGGCCCGCUGUCAUCUACAGCGGCUCUACCCAAGACUUUAAGGCGGAGAAGCGUGGCAGUUUCCGCCGUUCCUCGAAAGAGGCUGCGCCAAAGCCCGAGUGGCCGACAUCUCUUGAGUUCAGCGUCAUGACCCUGGAGAACGAAGAGUUCUCCAGCAUUCUGCUUCACGUUGGCACUAACUUAGGCCACCUGGCCACAUUCAAACUGGUACCUGAGUCUAGCGGUCGAUACACUGCAAGCUUCGCUGGAGUGUCAUCGCUUGACGAUAAGGUCAUCAAGAUCAGUCCCAUGCAUGCUGAGUCAGGACGCCCAGCAUAUGCAUCACAGUCGGCCGUCGCUGGCUUGAGAACCGGGUCAAGGAUCAACGGUGUUCUGCUUGCAGUCACAGUCUCAGGUGCGAGAUUGUUCCGCCCUGCCGCUAACAAGGGUGCACAUAAGACAUGGGAUCAGUUCUUGUGCGACUCUGCAGCCGUUGUGCGGUACGAAGAUCUUGGCUACGCAUUGCUCGGACUCUACGGAGACGGCUGUGUGAGGGCAUACUCGAUUCCUGCAUUGAAAGAGAUUGGCGCUGUCAAAAUUAGCGAUGUUUUAGAUGUGCGAAGAUUCUCCGACGCUGUUAUCACAAGUACCGGCGACAUCUUUGGCUGGAAGGGUCCUGCUGAGAUGGUCUUGAUCAACAUUUUUGGCACAGGAGUACGCCUGGAUACGAGCAAAGAUGUACUGCUGAAUCCGGAGCUUCUCGUGCCUCCAAGGCCUACGAUAAGUAACAUGCAAUGGAUCUCUGGCACUCAAUAUGUCACGCCAGCAGACAUGGAUCUUCUCAUUGGUGGCCCUGAUCGACCGCCGUCUAAACGCAUGCUCGCCCAAGCUCGUGCCGAAGAAGAACAACAUCGUCGUGCGAACCGAGCUGCCGCUCCAGCUUCCUCGUCGUCUGCAUACCCAUCGUACCCCACACAAGCCCCUGCACAGGAGGGAUGGGGCGCAUGGGCUUCUAGACAAUUCAACGAACGCACCGAAAAGCUCAACGCGGUUGGUGACAGUAUGGACAAUUUGAGUGCAAACAGCGCCGGGUGGGCAGAUGACGUAAACAAGUUUGUGAACAAGCAAAAGAGGGGCCUUGUCACAGGUCUCGUGAAGAGUAAGUUUGGCUUUUAG